GGUGAAACUUGCACAACCUCCUAUCACAGAAAGAAAGGCGAUAAACUUUCGGGCUCCACUUACUCAAUAUUACUUACUCGUCAAAAUUGUGCCUCCCGAUGACGCGUCCGAGGUUCAGAAAAUUUCCCGCAAAAGUUUUUACUCCGAUCGUCUAAAUCAGCUCGCGUUAAUCCGGAUUACGGGGCUCGGGAUAUAAACAAUUAAAAAGAAGAUGCGACUGGCGGCGAUUUGGGGCGUUUUCACGCUCCUCGCGGUCCUCGUCGCAGCAGAUACUUCCUUCUAUGCGGAUGGCAGCAUUGACUACGAAAAUAGCGAUUUCGAUGACCUAGCCUCUCCCGUGGCUUCCCAGACGCAAACCCAACCGGUGUCCGAUGACAGGAAGGAUGUUGUGCUUGAAUCCCGAAAGCCCGUCACACAAGAUGCCGACGAUAUCACGAACCCGGAAUACUUCAAGGAAGCGCGAGCAAACGCUGAACACAUCCGGAACUUGGCUUCGAAUUCGCGUAUAAGAAGCAACGAUAAAGUGUCGGAUUCGGAGAGCGGACUUGCCCAGUUUCUAGCUGCUCACGCUGUCAAAGACGACGUCAAGAUGGAUCAAGACUGGUACGCUCCGAGCCCAAGAAGUGUUCCCCAAAUCGCCGCCGGAAUCGGGGAAUACGAGAUCCGCAAUCCCAUCAUCCCAAUACAAACACCAUACGUCCCUUCAUCACCCCCUAAUCUUCCAAUGACAUACAUCCCACAAACUCAACCACAAUCCUACUAUCCGCCACUGGACUAUCGUCGACCAAUGCGACCACCGAACAGCAACGCGGUCUAUGCUAGAGCGAUGAUGGUCGGCAUGAAACCCAUCGGACCUCCACUAGAAGUUAAUCCUGCUCUGCCAUCAAUGCAAUCGAACUUCAAUCCCUAUGGUCCCUACGAACCAGUUUCGGGUUCUCAGGUCGAGUAUCUUGGGGCCUAUGAUCCUUACAGCGAUCGUUAUCCAAUGGUGAGACCGACCUACGAGGUGCAAGACGGCGAAGAGGAGGAUGAGGAUGAAGGUCCUCUGGAUGAUAGCAAGCUCGACGAUCUGCCUGUUCCUGAAGAAGACAAACAAAUCAAGAAAACCGUGAAGACCCUCGGAGGAAACCCCGGAACAAGUGAUAUAAAGAUGAUGUUAUACAAGCCUCCUCGACGCUUGUACCUUCCCCUGCUUCGUACAGGUGGUCCUGUUCUAACGCGUCCUUUUCCUCCUCUGUUCUUCCACCAAGUAGAGGGCAGGCCUUUUUGUGUGAAGAUCAAAACUAACUCUCAAGGGAAGAUAAACGUCAUGAUCGAAGGAGGAGAUGGGAAAGGUAAGUCCUCCGGACCGGAUCCGAAGAAACUGGAGGAACACAUGACUUCGGCCAUCGCGAAUGCCGCAUCCGUGAAGGAACGAAUCGCUGCCCAGGAGGCUUCCGAAACAUGGAAUCUGACGACAACCGUCACAGUAUCUCUGGGCUUCCUCCUGGCUGGAAUCGUCGGCAUUAUGGGAUUCACCUUGAUGCAACAGCGAGCAAGGCAAGCAGAACGCGAGGAUUCAACUACGAUUCAUUCGCGAAGCGCGUCGAAAGUUGAACUCGGACAAGAUCUCUCAGAUUACUGUUAUCGAGAAGACGUCCGUCGACUUGCACACAUCCUCGAGGAUGAUUAAAUUGUUGCGUACUCUCCAAUUAUAUAUUAUCCAGCGUCUUAUUCACGUGUCUGUUGAGCGACUGAAUAUAUCAGCAACGAUUCCGACGUGGUUUCCACGCGACUCCACCCAAGAACUAGCUGAACGGCAGCGGCCAUGACUGCUAGACUAUCUGACGCCAAAGCAUUGAGACCACAGAGCAGUUGGAUCGAGUAACAGACACUUUCGACGCAUGAAACUUGUUAUAUUUCCCUCAUUCGAUCCCGGUUCUGUCCAAGGCGGCCCCGAGAAAAAACUUCGCAAAAAACGGCGCCGGAAAGAUUUCUGUUUGCGGCGGACACGACGAAAAAAGAGCAUGUUAAUAUG